CACUGAUUUCUGUCGAGUGUCAAGUUGAAUGAGCCUCGAAUUGCGCAAUUAAAAGUGUAAAAAUGAAAUUCGUGAUUUGCUUGAUCGUUUCUUACCUAUGCUUGACAAGUGCUGAGAACAAAUUGCAAAUUAUUGAAACUGAGGCCCAGUUUGAUGAACAACUAAAGAACGCUGGAAAUGGUUUGGUUGUCGUGGAAUUUUGCGUCAAAUGGGCAACACCAUGCAUAGCAAUGAAAACAAUUUUAGAAAAACUAGCUGUUCUAUAUGAAAACGUUGCCAUAUUCAAAGUUGAUAUUGAGAAAAUGAAGGAUUUGGGUACAAGAUUCAAGAUUUCCGCAGUGCCAGCAUAUGUUUUCUUGAAAGAUGGUCAAUUUAUUGAGUCUUUCCUCGGUGCCGAAUCACGCCGCCUUGAACACACCAUUAUGAAACUAAAUAAUUAAGACUUUUGCUUUUUGUUAAUAUUCUUUACAACACAAAUAAUGAUAAAUAUGUAUUCAUGAAAACAAA